AUGGUUGGCACAGUCACUCGCAAUCUCAAGCGAAAGCGCGCAGCCUCUACGGCGACUAGGAAAUCGUCUUCGAGGGGUUUAACCAAGGCGAUAAGAUCAUCAACAACUCCUGUACUUCAUGCAAGCAAGAAGAUUCGGGCGAUGCCUUCCACCAGGAGAAAGACGGAUGAAACACCUACACGAUUGUUCGCACUCUGGAAGGCCGACGGGCUUUAUUAUCCUGGUACUGCCGUCAGCCAUGACAAGGAUAAACCUGCUCGUUACGUGGUUCGUUUCGAUGACGGGGACCAGGCUCAAGUGGAAAUAUCUCACAUGCGCCUCUGCGAUCUUCGCGUCGGGGAUCAAGUAUUACUAGCUCCAUAUAACGUCAACGGAACAGUGGUUGAUGUGAGGCGUGCGGAGGCUGAGAGUAUGAUUACGGUCGACGUAGGCGAUGCCGCGGGCGCGUGCAGAAUCGAGACUAAUAUCAAGAAUCUACGGAUUGCGUCCAGAACAAUUUUUAGAGCAUGGAAUGAACGUAUCCUGACUGCUUCCAACGUAAAAGUCGGACCAUCGACCAAGACGCCGAAGAACGCUCCGCCUGGCAGUGGCGAGUCGUAUGAGGAGCCGAGUCAACCGCUGGCAAAGAUCGGACUCGUCAUGACCACCAGUCCUGGAAACAAAGGGAGCAAGAUUGGUGGAGGUACUGCGGGUCAGAAAGGGAACGAGAUUUGGAGCAAGGCGAAAGUCGUGAAGACGAUCCGGAAUCUCGGUGGCACGGUCAUCGAAAAUUGGCCGGAUCUCUUCUCGAUGAAUGGUGAACAUGAUGUGGAUAACAAAAGAUGGGUCAUCAAGCGUUCAGACGUUCGCUGCCUCCAGCAUAACCAGCUUGACCAUGUCUUCCUCCUCUCGGAUGAUGCCAGUGCCACGCCAAAAUUUUUGAUCGCUCUUGCACUUGGUAUCCCCUGCCUGCAUUUUGACUGGUUAAAACAUGGUGGUGACCUUGGAUGGUCAAGGUUCCUUCUUCCGGCCGGUAUUUGCAGCUAUCCGGCUGGUGAGGGCAAAAUGUAUCAUGCGCUGGUGUCUCAGACUGUCGAUCUUUGUUGGGGAGACAGUCCGGAUUACAUGGAGCAUAUCAUGUAUAAUCCUGUGGCAUCGAAGCUACUUGAGGACAAGUCCGUUCUGUGCAUUGGGGACCACUUCGUUCCUCUGCCGGUCGAGAAGGAGAAUGAUGAUAAUGAAUUCCACAGAAUGGUCCCUCGCAUCAUCCUGUCCAUGGGCGCAUCUCGAGUAGAGUCGGUUCACGACGUCGGGUUCGCGUCGCAACGCUUGACAGAGUUCCAUUACGUGGUGGUCAACGAUCAUCGCGAUGUCCAGGGGCUUCCAAAAGAAAUCAAAUGCGUCGACUGGGGUUGGAUGAAGAACUGUCUGAUCGCAGGAAGGUUGUUGCCUUACCCGGAUUACUGGAAGGAAAAUUGA